GUACGUCACUAGAUGGCCAAAUGCCAGAUGCGGAAUGCGUCACGGGACUGGAUCAUGCGUACGAUGUUGUGCGUUUUCUGAAAUCUGUUCAAGGUCAAGCAUCGUUUUCGCCAGCUGAGGAGCGAGCGAAAUUGUUCCGUGAUCUGCGACAUCAAAGUGAUGUGUGCCGCUUACUUGCCCUCAAUAUCACCGGAACAGUCUUAUGUGUUCCUUACGGGCGCACAGAACCAAAUGGGGAAGGUAUGGAGGCGUUCGACUGGUUUCCGCCCGAAACGUGGUGCUCUGACGUGGAUCACGUCAUUGUGUACAUUCACGGUGGAUUCUGGAAAGCAAUGGAUUUACCUGAGUCCAGUCAUUGGGCCACUCCAGUUACACAAGCUGGUGCGAUUUUCGUCGCGUUGUCCUAUCGCUUAGCUCCUUGGCAAUCACACCAUGCCAUGCCAGGGAGUAUUUGCAAAGCUUUGGCACAAAUUUAUGAACGCAGCUGCAAGCACGUCCAGAAAUUAACCAACAGGUCACCGAAUAUAAGACUGCAUUUGUUCGGCCAUUCUGCUGGGGCACAACUGGUCCUGGAAUCUGUGAUGCUCGUUAUCAGUGAGUCGUCAAAGAAGGAGGCGCAAUGGCUGACAACUCUGACCUCUCUCAUCUUGGUCUCCGGGCUUUACGAUCUCAGACCAUUAGUUCACACUAGCUUCAACACAGUUCUCAAUCUUCGCUCAGAAAGUGAUGCUUGGUGUUGCAGUCCAUUGCGUUACUUCACCAGCAUCGAUGCAAAAGUGACGUGCAUACUUCGCUCAAUUCGCGUGCUUAUCGCGUGGGCAGAAUUCAACCCUCCCGCUUUAAUUGAACAAUCUGGCCGUCUGGCCUCCUCUUGGAAUUCUGCAUUGGCAAGUGGGAGUCCAGGCGUUUGCGGAAUCGAAACGUUUUGUGCGGAGAAUGAAGAUCAUUUUACCGCUAUCCACACACUUCAUUGUGGAGUGAAGACGAGUGCAUUACUCAAGCGGGUAUUUGGUUUUAUCGGUUUAAGCUGUAAGUGA